CAUAGAUGGCAGCAGCGGACAAAAAUCAAAAACUAACCUUACUUUUUUGUUGUUUCUAUUGCAGUACUGCUUUUUUGCUCAUUUCUGUAUUUUUGAUAUUAUUUUAUUUGAAUGCUUCGUAGAUAAAUUACAUUAAAAAUGCCAAUAGCACAGCUAGCAGGAAGUGGUUCCGACGAUUCAGCAAAAUCCAAAACGUUUGUCUUCAACGACGAAGGGCAUACCUUAGGAAACGCAUUACGUUGCAUCAUAUCCAGUUACCCAGAAGUACAAUUUUGUGGCUAUACAGUCCCCCAUCCUGCGGAGAACAAAAUGCACUUCAGAAUACAGAUGUACAAUGGAAGAGCUGUAGAUGCAUUGAGGAAAGGCUUGGAAGAUUUAGAAGAAGUCUGUACAAUUACACUAGAUAGAUUUCAAGCUGAAUUAGAAAACUUCACUGGUAGUUAGUAUUCUGUGAUCAAUGUUAGGUUUAAAUAAAUGUUUUAAUGUUUUUUUCA